AUGUGGCUGAGUGUUCUGUUCGUAGCAUCAUUCAUCGGCUUAUUAUUGUAUUUAGAUACUCGGAAACCCCGAAAAUUUCCACCUGGCCCGAAUUGGUUACCUAUAUUGGGGAGCGCCUUGGAGGUCAAGAAGAGCAGAGACAAAACUGGAUACCUAUACAGGAGUAUCAAGCAACUAUCAAACACAUACUGCAAAUAUAGUCCUUUGAUAGGCUUGAAAAUAGGAAAAGACAGAAUCGUGAUGGUGAACACUGUAGAAGCUAACAAAGAAAUGCUUCACAACGAAUUCAUAGACGGAAGACCGACGGGUAUAUUCUAUCAGACGAGAACUUGGGGUGAAAGACGUGGUGUACUUCUCACGGACGGUGAAUUGUGGAAAGAACAAAGAAAGUUUUUGAUACGUCACUUAAAAGAAUUCGGCUUCGGAAGAAGUGGCAUGAGUGAAACAGCUGUCGUCGAAGCUGAGCAUAUGACCCAGGAUAUACUGGAUAUUAUGGGAGAAAAGAAAAGUGCAACUAUACAAAUGCACAACUUCUUCAACACUUAUAUUUUGAACACUCUAUGGACAAUGAUGGCGGGAAAACGAUACAAUCCAAGUCACCCAGAAAUGGUACUCUUACAAACCAUAUUAUUUGAGCUCUUUGCAGCUAUUGACAUGGUAGGCUGUUCGUUUAGUCAUUUUCCAAUACUAUCUAUACUAGCACCGACUUUAUCUGGCUACAAAGACUUUGUUCGGACACAUAAAAGAAUCUGGAAAUUCUUACGUAACGAGAUCGCUAGUCACAAGUCGAGGUUUGACUCGAAUAAAGAAGACAAAGAUUUUAUGGACGUUUACUUGCGUGUCUUAAGAGAACAUGGCGAAAUCAAUACUUAUUCAGAGGGACAGCUAGUAGCUACUUGUAUGGACAUGUUUAUGGCGGGUACAGAGACAACGACUAAGAGUAUGAGCUUUUGCUUCAGCUACCUUGUCCGUGAACAGCAAGUCCAAAAGAAAGCUCAAGAAGAAAUAGACAGAGUCAUAGGGAGAAACAAAACUCCCACACUCAACGAUCGUCCCAAUAUGCCAUAUAAUGAGGCGAUAAUGCUUGAAAGCAUUCGGCACUUCAUGGGUCGAACAUUCGGAGUGCCUCAUCGAGCUCUACAGAACACGACAUUAGCCGGUUAUAAUAUACCCAAAGAUACAAUGGUAGUGAGUAACUUCCCAAACAUAUUGAUGGAUGAUGAUCUGUAUCCCGAGCCCUAUUCUUUCAAACCGGAGAGAUUCAUGUUAGACGGGAAGCUGAGCAUUCCUGACCAUUUCUUCCCCUUCGGUCUGUCCAAGCACAGAUGUAUGGGAGAUGUUUUGGCUAAAUGUAACAUGUUCGUGUUUAUAACAACGAUGCUUCAGAGAUUUAGUUUCUUACCAGUUCCCGGAGAACCGUUGCCUUCAUUGGAUCAUGUGGAUGGAGCUACUGCAUCAGCAGCCCCCUUCAAAGCUUUAAUAAUACCAAGGAUGCAAGACGAAUAA